UUGUCACAGGUGGCUCAGUCGGCGGUCGGCUACCGCGUAUCGGGUGGUAGGUGCGCGAGUGUUGUUAGUUUAUUUUGGAUUUUAUUUCAUUUCCGAACGUGAUAGAAACAUAAAUCAUAUCGAAGUAACAAUGAGGGGUACGGUGCGUCGGUUUGCCGGUGUUAUACGAUGAGAAGAUGAAUUUUUCACCUCGAAAGUGUGGUAUUUAAAAAGGUUUUACUUCAUCUCAACCCUAUCCGUUGCAGCAGGAAGGGGAAAUAGAAAAUUGUUGGAUAUUAUGCUAAUCAUAGCCGAGUCAGAAUGCGAGAGGAAGAACUCGAAAUAUCACUCAAGGUGGUCAUAGUGGGAAACGGAGCCGUUGGUAAAUCAUCCAUGAUACAGAGAUUUUGUAAAGGAACUUACACGAGGGAUUACAAAAAAACGAUCGGCGUUGAUUUUCUUGAACGACAAAUAGAGGUCGACGCAGAAGACGUUCGUUUGAUGCUAUGGGACACCGCGGGACAAGAAGAAUUCGACGCUAUCACGGCAGCUUAUUACAGAGGAGCACAUGCAUGCGUCCUCGCCUAUUCCGCAACGGACAGACACUCCUUCGACGCGAUACCUUCGUGGAAAUUGAAGGUGGAAAAUGAAUGCGGAGAAAUUCCUACGGUAUUAGUACAGAACAAAAUGGAUCUAGUCGAUCAAUGCGUCAUAGACCCAGAAGAAGCUGAAAGACUGAGCAGAGCCCUUGGCUGCAAACUGUUGAGAACUUCCGUCAAAGAGGACGUUGGAGUUGUUGGCGUAUUUAGACAUUUGGCGUCAAGGUGCCUUCACGAAAUGAGGAGAUGCGAAGAUGACUUUCAGGAUGAUCUGAGGCUCUACUCAGCUGGGCCAAGGUCACCUUCCGUCAUAAGUGCAUUCAGUCCCAACGGAUCAACGGGUGGUCGAAGCGCCGGAAAUGGAACGAUAGUUUUGCGACCAGGUGGAAAAACAACUCGUAGUCACAGGAAGAAAAAUUUCGUCAAAAACGCCUGCAGGCUUUUAUAGCGGCGUUUAUUAUCUGCACGCUCAUUAUUUUUGCAAGAGAAUCCAUAACUAUCGAACGAAUGGAACGUGUCUUCGUGACGAAGUACACGAUUAGAGGAAUGAAAAAAAACGAUAUACGCGAAAAAUGAAUAAACAAUUAACAAGGCGUGGCUUUGAUUGGGGUCCACGGACGGGGAUUUGAGGCCAAAUAAAACGGAAAUAGAAAAUAUAAGAGGAACAUAAUUCGAACCGUCCGUCGUUGAAUAAAGUCUGACAGCGAUGAGUUAUAGUGUAACCGUCUAUCUCAAGGAAGCGAUAAUCUUAUUGCAUGACAGUAAAUACAUGAUAAAAAUUCUAUGCCGACCAACUUCCGAACCAGCAUGGCUAAAGGCGAGGAGAGGAAUUGGGAAGAACGGCGGGCAAUAGAAGAGGUGUUCCACCCGGCAGUCGUGUAAAUAUGUGUUACUACUGCUGGGAAUCAUCCAUUCCUUUAAAACGAGGCAACCCAAUCCCUACUUCUCCUAUUAUUCGCUUGCCUCGUGUCGUCUUCAUAUCUCGAAGAUCAGUCGUAUCAUAAUCGUUUUUACCAAUAAAAAAUAAAUCAAGAAAUAAUUAAAUACCUGUUUAGAUUACGAACAUUGUUUGUAUGUUAUACUUUUACUUACAGAUUGAGCGAAUGGUGGAUGAAUUUGAAUUAAUUAUUUUGUCGGUAAUUUGUAAAUAUGUAUUUUAUUUUCAUAUACUAUAUAUAUUUAUAUAUAUAUACUAUAUAUAUACUUGCUAUAUUAAUAAUAGAGCUUAUUAGAGGAAGUAACACUUACUGUAUUUGAUUUUUAUAAUUUUUUUUUUUUCAUCUACCGAUGAUUUUCUAUGUACUUUUUUCAAACAUUUAAAUCAUACACACAUGCAAACAUCCAACAUAUACAGUAUAUACAUGCAUACAUAGGUAUAUAGAUGAAGUAUUUAUAUACACAUAGUUUUAUUUCUGUUCUGAAAGCGCGAUGGUUCAAAUCGCGAGUUAGUUGAUGGAAAAUUUAAUCAGAUUUAAAGACUAUACAAUACAGUGUAUACUGUACAUGAAUUAAUAUCGGGUGGACGUGUGAGAUAUAAUUAAUUAACCAAAUAUAAUAAACAAAGAAUUAUUAUUGUA